AAAAUUUGACAACUGUGUCUUCCUUUAGAGAAGUCGAAACCACAAGGGCAGAAAAUGGCGAUGGCGGCCUUGGCGCGACGGAAGGCGUCUUCUUUGCUUCUAUCGAAGAACCUCUGCAGUUCGCCCGAUGCUUUCAAGUACUCUCUCUCUCUUUCCUCCUUCUCCAGGGGCUUCGCCUCUGGAUCCGGCGACAACAACGCCGCCGCCGCCGCCAUUAAGAAGCGUGGUACUCUCGUCGGUUGCAUCCCUUCCAAGGCAUUAUCACCGGGAAUAUCUGGAGGAAAUGCUUUAAGGACAACAAUGAAAACGGAGACUCUAAUACCCAGUUUGGUGUUCAACAAAGGUUCACUGGUGCACCCCAGGAGAGGCUAUUCGACUGAUUCAGGCGUUCCUGCACACCAAGAGAUUGGGAUGCCUUCUCUUUCACCGACAAUGACUGAGGGUAAUAUUGCGAGGUGGUUGAAAAAGGAAGGUGAUAAAGUUUCUCCGGGUGAAGUACUUUGUGAAGUUGAAACAGAUAAGGCAACAGUUGAGAUGGAAUGCAUGGAGGAAGGGUAUCUUGCUAAGAUAGUACGUGGAGAUGGAGCAAAAGAAAUAAAAGUUGGUGAGGUAAUUGCAAUAACUGUGGAAGAUGAAGAGGAUAUUGCAAAAUUCAAAGACUAUGAACCUUCAAAAUCAGGUGAUGCUCCUGCGGCUAAAGGGCCCUCUGAUUCGGCUCCACCCAAAGAAGAAAAAGUAAAGGAACCUCCUAUCCCACCAGAGCCAAAGGCUACUAAGGCCACUGCAGCUUCGGCCGCGGAAGAUCGCCUUUUUGCUAGUCCUCUUGCAAGAAAGUUGGCAGAAGAUCACAAGGUUCCACUCUCAAGCAUCAAAGGAACUGGUCCAGAUGGACGUAUUGUUAAGGCUGAUAUUGAAGAUUACUUGGCUUCUGGAGAGAAGGCAGCACCCAAAGUUGACACAGCAGCAGCUGCUUCCUUAGAUUACACAGAUAUACCUCAUUCUCAGAUAAGAAAGGUCACAGCUUCACGGUUGUUAUUAUCGAAGCAAACCAUUCCGCAUUAUUAUUUGACUGUAGAUACACGUGUUGACAAGCUAAUGGAAUUACGGAGCCAACUCAACUCAUUACAGGAAGCUUCAGGGGGAAAGAAAAUCUCGAUCAAUGAUCUUGUAAUUAAGGCUGCUGCUUUGGCUCUUCGAAAAGUUCCUCAGUGCAAUAGUUCAUGGACAAAUGAUUAUAUUAGACAGUAUAACAAUGUGAAUAUCAAUGUCGCGGUGCAGACAGACAAUGGAUUGUUUGUUCCUGUAAUCAAGGAUGCCGACAAGAAAGGUUUAUCGAAGAUUUCUGAUGAUGUCAAACUGUUGGCCCAAAAGGCGAGGGAGAACAGUUUGAAGCCAGAAGACUAUGAGGGAGGCACAUUUACGGUAUCGAAUUUGGGAGGGCCCUUUGGCAUCAAACAAUUUUGCGCCAUCAUUAACCCUCCUCAAGCAGGCAUUCUAGCCAUUGGUUCUGCUGAGAAGAGGGUCAUACCUGGCUCGGGCUCGGAGCAAUACCAGUUUGCUUCUUUCUUGUCUGCAACAUUGAGCUGUGAUCAUCGUGUUAUUGAUGGUGCAAUUGGUGCAGAAUGGCUGAAAGCGUUUAAAGGCUACAUUGAGAAUCCAGAGUCAAUGUUGCUCUGAGGCGAUUAACGUUCUCUUUUUUCGUUUAAAUUUCUCCAUGGUCAACCCAGAUGAGGGACUUCCCAGGCUGGAUAUAGUUUGUUUUGAUUGCAGCAUUCAUAUGUGUUUCCUCGUAAUAGGAGCAGGGUUAGAUGGUUUAUGGGAAUAAAAUUUUGGGGGCACGAGGCUUGUACCUUACACUUAAAUUUUGCUCAUGUAGAGUAGAAAAGCCCCUUCAUUGUCGAAAAUAUGUCGCAAUCGAUGCUUGAUUGAAGGAUUUGUUUUUAUUGAGGAAAGUCGAGUUGUUGAGGCAAAAUAAA